CCUAGGCUCGGCAGCCCCCCGCCCGUGCCGUGGCCACGACGAGCUACCCACAGCCGCAUCCCCCCUCCUCAGUUCCUCGCCGAGACCUCCCUCCCCCCAAAAAUGCCCUCCGCCUCGCUCCUCCCCGCCACCUCCGCCGGGGCGCAGCCCUGCCCCUCCCUAGCGCCGCCCCGCGUCCGGCGCCGAUGCUGCCGCGUCACGGCCGCCUCCGCCCCGUCGCCUGCCGUCGGCCUCGGCCUCGGCCGCCGCGCCGUCUCCCUUGCCGGCGCCGCCGCCUGGCUCGCCACCACCGCCGGCAGGGCAGAAGCCAGUCCGUUCGACAACUACGUCAAGAAGAAGAAGCUGGAGCCAUUGGAGACGUACGUCCCGGCUGUGCUGCUGACCCAAGACCAGUUCAGGGACCUAGAGAAAUCCUUGGAAUUCGAGAAGCCAAGGUUUGAUGAGAGUAGAUCAUUGCUUCGUUCUGGUCCAGCAUCAUCCCUACGUAUCAAUAUUCGAGCAGUGGCACAAUAUGCUUCCAGUAAUGGCCAAGGCAAAGCUGCCUCUGAUGCAGUGGAUGAAUGCUUACGAGCACUGGAAGAUCUCGACUCGCUGCUACUGAAGGCUACACGGAAAGACUCGUCAGCAUCUGUUGAAGUCAUGAGAACCAAAAUCGCUGUAGCCCUUGGAGCACUAGACAACCUCCUGCAAACCGUGCCUUCAGCCGUUAUGGACAAAGGAAAGGCGAUUGCUGAUGCAUACAGGACGCCUACAGAUAAUUAUUAUGAAGAGGGUAAUGGCGCAGAGUUGGAUCCCAGUCUGAAACAGCUACAGGACAUUCUUUAGUGCUGAAUCUUGUUCAGGUUAACACAUCUUGUGUUGUUAAGGUCCUUCAGUAUGAUUGUAUUGCAAAGUACUCCCUCUGUAAACAACUAUAAGAGUGUUUAGAUCACUAUUUUAAUGAUCUAAACGCUCUUAUAUUUCUUUUUGGAGGAAGUAGAACCAAGUUCGCGGCAGAAUACGUACCUGCGACCGUACUUCUAGAAUAUAGUACUAUUACUUUUCAUUGUA